AAGAGGCAUGAGACUAAGAAGGAAGACACCCCAUGGAAGUGACCAGACCCCCACUCCCCAUGACAGGCUUGUACAUAGCCAAGGAUCAUGGCUGAAGGAACCACAUUGGACCCUCUGGCCUGAAUUUUUCUAUAUGUCAAAGGCUAGGGAAGUGAACAGUGGAGGGGAGACAGCCAUCACCCUCGCUAACUGAGGACCCCAUGCAUGGGUAUCUCCUAAGUCUUGACUGCUUUGGCCUGAACCCCUGACCAGAGUUUAUCAGUUUAGCUGCUGUGGCUCUCUGGAGUUCUGUCCCUUCUCCCCUUACCUACUCGGGCUGAUGCAGAGCUAGGAGGGGGAGGGGCCCUGUAACCAUUCCUGCCUCCCUAGGCUCAUCUUUGGCACCCUAUAUCCAGCCUAUUCUUCCUACAAGGCCGUGAAGACCAAAAACGUGAAGGAAUAUGUGAGUGGAUGACCUAUAUCCCCUACCCAACCCACAUUGGCUGAGAUGGGGAGGGCAAUGGUAACAAUACAGACACAGGUGACUUUGUGCCACACUGUCAGCCAUUAAUAAGACCCUGGGCAAAGGAGGUUUUGGGGUGUUUCCUUCCCCCAGCCUUGGUGUGAUUCACAAAAUUGCGAUCCUGGCUAUCCCUCCCCUGCCUCUACGCCCAGUAUCUCCAGGGUGAUCAGAGGCAGAGAUAGGAUCCUGGGUUUCCAGUUCUGAUAUGAGGAUCUGGUAGUCUGGGGAUUCUGGGUGUCUGUGGCCCUCAGUCCUAGGCCCCAGUAAGUGCUGCCUUUUGUCCCCUCAGGUGAAAUGGAUGAUGUACUGGAUCGUCUUUGCCUUCUUCACCACGGCUGAGACACUUACCGAUAUCAUACUGUCCUGGUUCCCCUUCUACUUUGAGCUCAAGAUCGCUUUUGUGAUAUGGCUGCUGUCCCCUUACACCAAAGGUUCCAGUGUGCUCUACCGCAAGUUUGUGCACCCAACACUGUCCAACAAGGAGAAGGAAAUUGAUGAGUACAUCACGCAAGCCCGAGACAAGAGUUAUGAGACCAUGAUGAGGGUGGGCAAGAGGGGCCUGAACCUGGCUGCCAAUGCCGCGGUCACAGCUGCUGCCAAGGGCCAGGGGGUGCUGUCAGAGAAACUCCGGAGCUUCAGCAUGCAGGACCUGACCCUCAUCCGGGAUGAGGAUGCAUUGCCUCUGCAGGGGACUGAUAGCCGCCUCCGACCUGGCCCUGGUGGCCUCCUAGACACCAUUGAGGACUUAGGUACAGGCAAGGACCCAGGGCUAAGGGAGAGGCAUGGCACAGGAUUGAAGAGGCCAUGUGAAAGAGGUCCCGGGAUCCCUGUUCUUCUUUUCUCCCCUCAACCAGGAGAUGAGUCUGCCCUAAGUUUAAGGUCUAGCACAAACCAGGCAGAUCCCCGGACAGAAACCUCAGAGGAUGACAUGGGAGACAAGGCCCCCAAGAGGACCAAAUCCAUCAAAAAGGUGCCCAAAGCUGAGGUGAGAGCAUGGGCCAGAGCUUGGGGAAAUGGGGGUGAGGUGGUGGUGUCACCAGGUGAGUCCUAUCUUUCUCCCUCCAUAGCCACUGGCUUCCAAGACACUGAAGGCCCGGCCCAAGAAGAAGAGCUCUGCUGGGGGUGACUCAGCUUGAGGUUCUCAUCCCCCAGGUUAUGGAGUGAGGAGGAAACCCCAAGAAGGGCCCUAGCCCCAGCCCUUGCUCCACACUGUGCCAUUAGCCCAGGUGUCUCAGGCCUUGCCCCCCCCACCCCCUGCCCAGCGCUGUUGCCAGGGCCUACCCAGUGGCUGUUCCUCUGGAGGAGACUUGGAAAAGAAAACAGAGGCUCAGUUGUGGGGGUUGAGGCUGACCUAGAGACUGACAGCCCCCAAGGAGGGCUCUUCUCCCUGCUGCAGCUCCACCCCGCCCAUCCAGUGCCUUGAUGAAGACAGCCGCCAUCCCCUUCUCUGAGACCUCACUGCUCUCCCUAGGAGGCGGCAGGAGGGGGUCAGGGACACAGCCCUGACA